AAUCGUGUGUUCGGGAUUCAUCGGUAAAUUUCGGCGAGGUCAAGUAGAGGAAGUUGCAGCCCAUGUUAGGAAAUGUUCCCCCGGGCAGUCAGCUGGACUCAACAGCAGUUCGUCGCGGUCACUUGCACGGAGCUCCUUUCUAGAAAAGCCCACGUAAAAAUAAUAGCAUUUACCACAUUGUAGCCACCACCAUGGCUCAAGCUAAAAUACAAGCCAAACUCAACGAGGCGACCUGCAGCAAGUUCAACAGAACUUUGUCUAUGGCGGACCGGGCUGGACAACUUCUGGCCAGUUUGGAUCAGCUGGAGAUAAGGUACCGGGUGGAGGCUUUACGCGAAGCAGCCUCGGCCAUGGAGCAGGAGAGGGAGUGCAUCCUGGAAAUGAUUCAGUCUUUACAAAACAGCCAAGAAAUGCACAACAUCAGUGCCGGAGAGAAAGAAGAGUUAACACUGACUGCCGACCGUCUGAUGGGUCGCACGUUAUCAGUGGAGAUCAACGUGGGCACCAUCAGGAGCAGCCAGCAGGAGGAGGCCCUGCGCAAGGCCACGUCCAUCAUCGACGGGAUCGUUCAAAAGCUCCUGGUGGAUAUGGCCGGCUCGAGGCAGCUGCUCCUGGCCAUGCACUCGGCCUGCGUGACGGAGGCGCCGCCCGUGGCCGUCGACCAGAAGUUUCAGGCCGUUGUGAUCAGCUGCGCUCUGGAGGACCAGAAGAAGAUCAAGAGACGGCUGGAGACGCUGCUGAGGAACGUUGAAAACGCGCAGAAAAAUAUUAAGAUCAUGGACCACCAAAAAGUAGAGGAUCCAAAAGCCAAUGGAAGUCAAUGAGACAUUAGACAACAUAAAAUGUCCUGCACCCUCUUAGGCAGACUCACACAUAUGCAGUAUACACAUUUGUUUUGUACCUUGGGGCCAAAAAUCUACCAUGCAGGCAUUAAACUCAAGUGACCUCCGAAUAUGUUCAUUUUUGGCCAUGCAUGAAUCACUUUGUUCAAAAGUCACAAUUUGUAAGUCACAUUAAGUUGAAGAUUUCAGCUCAUAUUUGCAUAAAGAUGUUUUUUGUGUAGCUAAUCAUGUGUGCAAGUGGUUCAAAUAAAAUUACUCCAUGUGU